AUGGAAGGAUCCAACGCUCCAGCGCCUCCUGCGGCUCCUGCCUUUACAUCAAGCCAGGAAAAGUUGCCAGAGGAGAAGGAGAAGUUGAAGGAGAAAGCUCCAGCGUCAGCGUCUGCCACAGCUUCUGCCACUCAAUCAGUCUUGCAAAAGCUGAAAGAGAAGCGUUCGAUGCUCGCAGCCGAGAAGCGGCAAGUUGCCAAGCAAGUCCGCAAGGAAGCGAAACGCCUGGCCAAAAUUAAGAAGGCCCUUGGGCGCUUGACAGAGUCGGAGAUGCGCGAAUGCCUGGAGAUUAAAACCAAGAAGGCUGUGUGA